AUGUCUGAGCUCAAGGCGCAGGCCAACAAGGCCUUCUCCGCGAAGGACUACCCGGAGGCGAUCAAGCUCUACAGCGAUGCCAUCGCUCUUGACCCGACUAACAAUGUCCUCUACUCUAACCGAUCGGCGGCCAAGUCGGGAGCCAAGGACUACCAGGGAGCUCUUGAGGAUGCCAAUAAGCUGAACCCCGACUUCUCAAAGGGCUACCUCCGCAAGGGUGCCGCUUACCACGGACUGCGUGACUACCCGCAGGCCGUCCAGGCGUACGAGGAGGGUCUCAACAAGGACCCCAACAGCGAGCCCCUCAAGCGUGGUAUGGCUGACGUCCGUCGUGCCAUGGACGCCGAGAUGGGCCCGGGCGGCGACAUGGGCCUCGGCAAGAUCUUCAACGACCCGGGACUCAUGGCCAAGCUGCAGGCCAACCCCAAGACUGCCGAGUUCAUGAAGGACCCUAACUUCGUCCAGAAGAUUCAGCAGCUCCAGGCCAACGGCGGCACGGCCGACAUGCAGUCUCUGUUUGGUGACCCUCGCAUGCUCACUGUCCUCGGCGUUGCCAUGGGUGUGGACAUUGCCGCUAUGGAGCGCCCCGAGGGUUCUGACGAGAUGCCUCCCGGAGUUUCGCAGCCCCAGUCGUCCUCUCCCCCUCCCCCGAAGCCCGCGCCCAAGAAGGAGGAGCCGCCCAAGAAGCAGGAGCCCCAGCUCGACCCCGAGGAGGCCAAGGCAAAGAAGGAGGCCGACGACCUCAAGGCGCAGGGUAACGCCGCCUACAAGCAGCGCAAGUUUGACGAGGCGAUUCCGCUGUACGAGAAAGCCUGGGAGACGUAUCCCAAGGACAUUGCGUACCUAACGAACCUGUCCGCCGUCUACUUUGAGAUGGGUGACUACGACAAGGCGAUUGAGGUCGCGCAGAAGGCUGUCGACCAGGCGUUCGAGCUCCAUGCCGACUUCAAGGCCGUUGCCAAGGCCUAUGGCCGUAUCGGUACCUCGUACGCCAAGAAGGGCGACCUCGACAACGCGAUCAAGUUCUACAACAAGUCGCUGACCGAGCACCGCACGCCGGACGUUCUCACCAAGCUCCGCGAGGCUGAGAAGACCAAGCUGGAGAACGAGAAGAAGGCGUACAUCGACCCCGAGAAGGCGGAGGCUGCGCGCGAGGAGGGAAACACUGCGUUCAAGGCGGGUCAGUACGCCGACGCCGUCAAGCACUACACUGAGGCUAUCAAGCGCCUGCCGUCUGACCCGCGCGGUUACACGAACCGUUCUGCGGCGUACACGAAGCUGAUGGCUCUACCCGAGGCGCUGAAGGACGCCAACGAUGCGAUCAAGCAGGACCCGGACUUCGUCAAGGCGUACAUCCGCAAGGCACUCGUGCAGAACGGCAUGAAGGAGAACACAUCGGCGCUCGAGACGCUGCAGAAGGCGAUGGACGUCGACAAGGAGCACAAGCACCAGCGCGAGAUUGAGAGCAACAUGAACAAGAUCAUGAACGAGAUCCAGGCCGAGCGCGCCAACGAGACGGACGAGCAGACGUACGAGCGUGCCAUGCGCGACCCCGAGGUGCAGGAGAUCAUGUCGGACCCCGUCAUGCGCCAGAUCCUUUCGGACGCCCAGCAGAACCCCCGCGCCCUCAUGGACCACAUGAAGAACCCUAUGGUCUCGCACAAGAUCCAGAAGCUCAUCAACGCGGGCAUCAUUCGUACGAGGUAG